UCUUACUCUCUCAGAAACACAACAUUCAGAGUUCAGUUCAACUUGUCACUGCUCUUUACCAUUUCUUAGAUUCGCCUAGUAAAACAAAAAAGGAGAAUCUAAAUGGUUUAUGCAGUUAGUUACUCUCAAAACCUGUUCUUCAGGCCUGUUGGAAUUGGACAUGGCAUUUUAGAGGUCAAGUGUUGCUCAAAUUCACAGAGCAAAGCAACCCCAUCUUUUGUCCAAACAAAGAAACUGUGCUUGAGAUGCAACACCCUUUACUCAGAUCAAGAUAAUUCACCAGUUUCUUGCUCUUUCCACGGUCACACCAAUGGAGAUAAGGGGCUAUAUUCAUUGGCUCCACCUCACCAAGGAAUUGAUGGGGAAUGGACUGAUAAAUCUGGAGUAAUUGUUUACAAAUGGAAUGAGAAGAAUGACAGACCAAAUACCGGUCGUGCGAAUUGGAAGAGAAGAUGGAGUUGCUGUGCUGAGUAUGGUGAGAAUGCCCCGCCCUGUAGAUGGGGCUGGCAUGUUUGCUAUGACGAUGGUUUUACAUUGUAUUAACUUCAGUUAUUGUUCUGAUUGAUACAUGUUUUCAGUUUCUUUUGAUAUUCUAUAUAUGCUUUGGUUACAGAUAUGGUCUAGCAAUUAAAUGUACAGUUGUAGAUACAAAGUUGUGAAGUUUUCUUGGAUAACCAAUUAUGAGUUUUACUUCAUGACUGAUGAAAUUUCUUUUAUUUCCUUUGUUCUGUUUUGGUCUCAAUGGAUUUCAAUCCAUCCUCCGGUGUUGCUAUACUGAUGGUAGAUUAGAAGCUCUUAAGCUUAAACUGGUUGGUCUUGUCACAAUUACUAUGGAAUCUAAAGGGUUCAUGUGUUACCAAUGCUUUAAUCAAUCAUCCUUGAAUAUGGUACCGUAAACACUAAACAGGUUUAGCUGGUACUAAUAACAUCUGAGUAUGUGAAUAUUUAACUUUGGGUUAUAGACAUGAGUACUGAAUAGAAGUUCUUAUAGAGGUCAUUCCAGUUUAAUUAUAGGAAAUUGAGUGUUCCAUGAAGUUGAACACAUCUCCAAUAGCUUUUGAAAACUCCCAAUAAUCUAUUAG